AUGGAAGAAUACCUUACAUAUUUUCCAAUCAUUACUGUGAUAUCGAAGACGACAAAUAUCAUAGCUAUCGAAUGGACAAAGCCACCAGAAGAGCUAGGUGCUCACAUUCAGCUGUACCGUAUAUCAAUCAAUUAUACGUACAACGGAAAAGAAAUGGUUGAAUCAAAAAACACUACGGAAACUUAUUACAACGUCCGAUAUCUCCAUCCUUCAACCAGCCAUAACUUCGAAGUAAAAGUCUACUUCAGCGACUUGAGUACGGAUUGUUAUUCGGGUGACGUUCGAAGAAAAGUCUUCACAGAAAGCAUAGAAGUGGAAUCCGGGACCCAAGUUGGAAUCUGGCUACCUCUUACGGGAAUUUCCUUCCUCCUCGCCAUUCUGGAAGCCUGGCGUUUUUACAAGACGGCUCUGAAGCGAAGGAUUUUAAGAGAACGACUUGCAUAUUUCUACACCAAGAAUCCGACUCCUUUCAAUCCGGAACUUUCCAUGAAUGCUCAGGCAGAUUCAUUGCCCUACGAGAAAGAAUGGGAAUUUCCACAAAAGCUUUUGAGACUUGACGAAGAACUGGGAAGAGGCUUGUUUGGAAUAGUCUGGAAGGCCAUAGCGAAAACGAUCCGUCGACCCGAGGCGAUCUCGGUGGUUGCGGUCAAGACGGUCCGACCGACAGCCAGCUUGCACUGCAUGAAAGCUCUUCUUCGCGAACUCAAAAUUCUCGUCUAUCUCGGUCACCAUGCGAACAUCGUCAGCCUACUCGGUGCCUGCACUAAGAAUCUUGAUUAUGGCCAACUCUUGGUCAUCGUGGAAUUUUGCCGCUUCGGAAACUUGCACGACUACUUGUGGCGCUGCAGGUCAAAGUUCGUCGAUGAAUUGGGUACUGUCUCUGCGAAAAUCCCAGAUCCUAAUUCUGAUGAUGAUCCGAUCGACGUCAGAAGCCGUAGUGUCUCAACUUCGAGUAGUACAAAUUCGGCACCACGUCGGGUAGACGUCAUUUUAGUAGUGGAAGAUUUGGCCACCGUAAACAACUCUCAAUUACUGAAACUUAAACCACCAACCAAGUACCCGGGUGAUUUUACGAAUGCGGAAUUGGAUCCGGUUCGCACGCGAGACUUGGUGUCAUGGGCUUGGCAGAUUUCACGCGGAAUGCAAUAUCUUGCUGCCAAAAAGGUGCUGCACGGUGACUUGGCAACGAGAAACGUUUUGCUUUUGAAGGAUAACGUCGUGAAAAUAUGUGACUUUGGCCUGUCCAAGUCUCUCCAGGAGGACGACCAGUACAAGGUUGAGGGAAACGACCCUCUUCCCGUCAAGUGGAUGGCCAUCGAAUCCCUCAGGGACGGGAUAUUUUCGGUAAAAUCUGACGUCUGGUCUUUCGGAGUCUUAUUAUGGGAAUUGUUUUCGCUCGCCAAAACUCCUUACCCCGAAAUUAAUCCCCAAGACACGUGCGAAACACUUGUCGGUGGUUAUCGAAUGGAGCGACCCAAGUACUCACCCGAGACUAUCUAUCGGACGAUACUGCAAUGCUGGGAAGCGAAUCCGUCGAAACGACCCACGUUUGUGGAACUUGAACACAGCAUCGGUAAUUUGAUGGAGGAGAACGUAAAAAUGGAGUCGAAAAAGGAGCGAUUUUCAAUCAACAGCGAUUUCGGGGAUCCACCAAGCGUCAGCUUUAUUGUAAUGGUUGAUGACUAA